UGCCCGGCUGGCUGACAGGAGGUUUACCUAAACGCCGCCGAGGAGAACGUUGUGGUUCUUGAGCUCCGUUAACGGCUCGGGUAACGGCUGCAGGAGGACUCGGGCUUGAGGGGGGCUUCAGGAGAGAGCUGGGCGGCGGGAUGAUGGAGGAGGAGGAACUGGAGUUCGUGGAGGGGCUGGAAGCCGUGCUGCAGCUCACGCCUGACGUGCAGCUCGCCAUCGAGCAGGUGUUUCCAAGCCAGGAUCCUCUAGAUCGAGCAGAUUUCAAUGCUGUGGAGUAUAUCAAUACCCUGUUCCCAACAGAACAAUCUCUGGCAAACAUAGAUGAAGUCGUGAACAAAAUUGGACUGAAAAUAAGGAGACUGGAUGACAAUAUUCGAACUGUUGUAAGAGGUCAAACAAAUGUGGGGCAGGAUGGGAGGCAAGCACUUGAAGAGGCCCAGAAAGCUAUUCAGCAACUCUUCGGCAAAAUCAAAGAUAUCAAAGACAAAGCAGAAAAAUCAGAGCAAAUGGUUAAAGAAAUCACCCGCGAUAUUAAGCAGCUAGAUCAUGCCAAACGCCACCUGACCACCUCAAUCACGACACUGAACCACCUGCACAUGUUAGCCGGUGGCGUGGAUUCCCUCGAAGCCAUGACCAGGCGAAGACAGUAUGGAGAAGUUGCUAACCUUCUUCAGGGUGUGAUGAAUGUUCUGGAGCACUUCCACAAGUAUAUGGGAAUUCCACAGAUCCGGCAGCUUUCUGAAAGAGUGAAGGCUGCCCAGACUGAGUUAGGACAGCAAAUCCUGGCUGAUUUUGAAGAAGCAUUUCCUUCCCAGGGCACCAAGAGGCCAGGAGGACCCAGCAAUGUCCUACGAGAUGCGUGUCUGGUUGCUAAUAUUUUGGAUCCUAGAAUCAAACAGGAAAUCAUCAAAAAGUUUAUUAAACAGCAUCUGUCAGAAUAUCUAGUACUUUUUCAAGAAAACCAAGAUGUUGCCUGGCUGGACAAAAUUGACCGACGCUAUGCCUGGAUAAAACGCCAGCUUGUGGACUAUGAGGAGAAAUAUGGCCGUAUGUUUCCACGUGAGUGGUACAUGACCGAGAGGAUUGCAGUAGAAUUUUGCCACGUUACAAGGACAGAACUUGCCAAGAUUAUGCGUACCAGAGCUAAGGAAAUUGAAGUGAAAUUGCUUCUUUUUGCUAUUCAGAGAACGACUAGCUUUCAGGGGUUUCUUGCCAAACGCUUCUCCGGGUGCACCCUGACAGAUGGAACUCUGAAAAAACUCGAGUCUCCGCCCCCAUCCACCAGUCCCUUCCUGGAAGAUGAGCCAGCACCAGAGAUGGAGGAACUGGCAGUGGAGAAAGGGGAUUUAGAUCAGCCAAAGAAGCGGGAAGCCCCAGACAAUCCAUUUCAUGGCAUUGUUUCCAAGUGUUUCGAGCCUCAUCUCUACGUGUAUAUUGAGUCCCAGGACAAAAACCUUGGAGAACUGAUCGAUCGGUUUGUGGCCGAUUUCAAAGCCCAGGGGCCACCUAAGCCCAACACAGACGAAGGAGGUGCUGUGCUCCCCAGUUGUGCUGACCUCUUUGUCUACUACAAGAAGUGCAUGGUGCAAUGCUCCCAGCUCAGUACUGGGGAGCCAAUGAUCGCCCUGACCACCAUUUUCCAGAAGUACCUUCGAGAAUAUGCCUGGAAAAUCCUCUCUGGCAAUCUACCCAAAACCACGAGCAGCAGCGGAGGGCUGACCAUCAGCAGCCUCCUCAAGGAAAAGGAAGGCUCGGAAGUAGCCAGGUUCACUCUAGAGGAGCUCUGCCUCAUCUGCAGCAUCCUGAGCACAGCAGAGUACUGUCUGGCCACCACCCAGCAGCUAGAGGAAAAACUCAAGGAAAAAGUUGAUGUAAGUCUGAUUGAACGAAUCAAUCUGACUGGAGAAAUGGAUACAUUCAGCACUGUCAUCUCUAGCAGCAUCCAGUUGUUGGUUCAAGAUCUGGAUGCUGCCUGCGAUCCUGCCCUGACCGCCAUGAGCAAGAUGCAGUGGCAGAAUGUGGAGCACGUUGGUGACCAGAGCCCUUAUGUCACCUCUGUCAUUCUUCACAUUAAGCAGAAUGUCCCUAUCAUCCGUGACAACCUGGCUUCCACGCGGAAAUACUUCACUCAGUUCUGCAUUAAAUUUGCAAACUCCUUCAUUCCCAAGUUCAUCACCCACCUCUUCAAGUGCAAGCCAAUUAGCAUGGUGGGAGCAGAACAGCUGUUGCUGGACACCCAUUCCUUGAAGAUGGUUCUGCUCGAUCUCCCUUCCAUUGGCUCACAGGUGGUGAGGAAAGCACCUGCCAGUUACACUAAGAUUGUUGUGAAAGGCAUGACCCGGGCAGAAAUGAUACUCAAGGUAGUGAUGGCCCCUCACGAACCAUUAGUGGUGUUUGUUGACAACUAUAUCAAACUCCUUACGGACUGCAACACAGAAACCUUCCAGAAGAUACUGGACAUGAAGGGACUGAAGAGAAGCGAGCAGAGCAGCAUGCUGGAACUCUUGCGCCAGAGGCUCCCCACCCCGCCUUCAGGGCCAGAAGGCUCCAGCUCCCUCUCCCUACUGGCUCCGACACCAGAACAGGAGUCCUCUCGCAUCCGCAAACUAGAGAAACUGAUUAAAAAGAGACUGUAGGAGCACACGAAGGGCCCUCUUUCCCCUGGCCCGUGGCCUUCAGCACCCCAUUGCCUGGAAGCCCUCGCCCCCACCUUCCCUGUGCUCCCCCUGACUCUCAGAUCAGUCUUGAAACUUCCUGGGACAUUUGGGUUGUUAAUGAGUCUUCCCCGGAACCUGUCUUAAUCUGCACCCUGAUCAAGAAGCCAAGCAGGGGCAGGGUGAUGAAGAGGCUCCUUGGUUGGCCCCGAUUCCUACAGCAGAGGCAGUAGUGGGCAAAAGGGCCCCGCAGUUCACUUGUGUUCCUAGGCUGCUUUCAACCCAUCCAGUUGUCCCUGGCUUGCAGCCUUACCUCUGCAGCCACAUCUUCCCGCAUGUGGCCCUGUCUCCCGUGCCUGUCCAGGCAGCUUGGGUGAGGAACUCUGGAUCCCACCCCUUCCUCCAAACCCCUGCUGCUGUUUGAGGUUGCCUCUGCAGCCAGGCCCUGAGAUUUGUCCUCCCUGCUCUGUCGGUUUGGCUCUGGGGCCCGACUUCAUGAAGUGGCAGAUUCCAGGUGGAGGACAUUAGCCUUGCCUUAUGAGGGCAGUGGAGGCGGGAGCAUUCUUCCUUGUAGAUCCAUUUCCUGGUACAUAUUUUCAUGACUGGGCCAGUUUGUUCUUCCCAUUUCUCCAUAACCUGCAGUCCCCUGUCUGUAUAUGUUUAAGGAGAAAUUCCCACCAUGUCUGUCACCCAGGAAGAUCGCAUGUGCCAGGCCUUGGAAGCAGGUGUCCUCUGUGCCAUGGGGCUUCUUGCUUGGGGGUGAGGGUAGACCCAUAUCUGCCUUGGAGAGAAGGUGCUGCUUAGCACGCUUAUUGCAUAAUGUAAGCAGAUUAUUUUCUCCAUUUUUUUAUUCCCACCCUGCUCCUGGCUUCUAGGGGAGGGAUUGCCUUCUGUGAAGAGAUACUAGGACGUUUUCCUAGAAAAAUUGUCCUGGGCUUUCUCCUCAGAUAAAGCUGUGGGACAGAGCAGGAGGCCUGGGCUCCCUAAUCCACUUCCUGCCCAUUUAUUUUCAAACCCAAAUUACUUUCCAGAGUGAUCUGAAACAACAAGGGUGAUAUGAAGUGCCAGGAUGACAUUAUGACUUUUUUAUGAGCAAGAAAGAACCCAGGUCCGUGGAUAACUUAGGAACAGAAUGUUGACCUUAAACACCUGCUCAGAACCUGGCCCAGCCCAGAACACACCCCAGCCCCUGACCCCCGGCCUGCCGGUCCUGUCCACUGGCACACAGCCAGCACAGCCUUGCAGAAGAGAACUGCCUCGUAGAACUGUUUCAGUCCUCACAUCGUCCUGCAGCGUGAGAACGGGCAGCAUAUCCGGUAGCUGCCCUCAUUUGCCAGGUUCAAGGGGAACCGAGCCCCAGCUCACCGUGACCACAGCCUCAGGGCGGCCGCUGUUAGUGUGGGCGUUCUCGAGAAUUCUGAACCAGUCGCUGGCCAGGUGGGGAGAGGGCUAAGGAGAAAGGAGGAGUUCUUUACAGAGAAUGCACACGACAGGCCUCAGGAUAAAAUUGGGGUAUCAAAUAGCACUGAAAAAUGAGUUUUCAGGAUAGAGGAAGUUUCCUAAAAAUCCAUAAAACUUGUGAUAGCCACACAGGAGGACACUUUAAGGUUGAAAAUCAGACCAGGAACUGAUUAUUUUCCCCCUUCAUGUUCUCCAGUCCCCUUCCCUGUUCAUUAACCUCCUCCCAGACUCGGGCCAUCGGCCCCCACUUUGAUCCUCAGCCUCGUUUCUUCCUCAGCUUCCAGACUCCUCUUGCUAGUCUGUGUGACUCUUACAUGCAGAGUGCUGAGAAGAAAGCGCGGCCCUCGGCUGAGCUCUCAGGAAAAGCUUGCUAAAUAAGGAAAGGGCGGGUAGAGAGCAGAGGGGAUUGGGCAAGCACGGGGCUGCGCAGGGGCAAGACUUCGCUUUGCCCGGACAGCCGUCGUGCAGCUACGGUGACGUCCUGCCGCCCGCACUGAUGGAGGUUAAACUUCUCUUCCGGCUCUCGAAAGAGGGGCUGAUGGGCCCAUCUGCAAACAACACAGCUACUUGGGCCAUCUGUCAUCAACCUGGGGCGUGGGGGAAGCUGGCAGACUCCACCUGGUUCUUGUCACUCUCAGUGUUUAUAGAUGCACACUUCUCUUUUUGGUUCAUUCCUGAGGACUCGUUUUCUGGACAUCUCCGUAACGCAUUGAGAUGUCAAGCCGCUGUUUUCCCCCAGUUGGUGGUCACGGCCAGGGAAGUUGCUUUCUUGAUUACAUUGUCAGGAAUCUCCGAGGAGCCAACAGAUGUCAGUAGGAGUUAUGUUAAAUGUCUCAUUGAUGGGGUCUGAAUGCUGUAUAUGCAUCUAAAGACAGAGCAUGUUUCUCAACCAGGGGUAUGUGUCAGAAUCACCUGGGGCCCUUUUUACACGUACAGUUGCCUGGAGAUUCUGAGUAUGUUGAGUGGGGCCUGGGCAUAGAAGUAAUGUUUACCCCCACUGCAGUAGAGAGAAAUUUGCUUUAUCGCAGGGUUCCUAUAUUACAUUUUCAUAAAUGUAUAUUUUUCCUGGCUCUCUAAGCGAGUGUAAUUACAAUACAGUUGAGCUGGUACCAACAUGGUAAAAAUUCUUUGCUAAUAUCCAGCAGCUUUAACUUUAAGCUUGUGUUGAUGAUAGGGAUCAUGCCAGGAUUGUGCUGUCCCCAUAUAGACUAGAAUUCUUAAAGUUUGACGACUAAGCCCCAAACAGAUAUUUGUUCUAUUACUGUCACUUCAAAGUAACAUGAAGGAGGACUCAUUGGUAUGUAAAACAGUAACAACUCUGUUAUUCAGCUAAAUUAGACAUCAUACCCAUUCCUCCCCCACCCCACUUUCUCUAAUGCUUUAAAAAAAACUUUGAAGCCACUUUAUGUGGUUAAAAUAAAUAUUGAUAAUUUAUAAUUGAUAAAGAUCUGCUGUUCUUAUUAUGGACAGACUUCGUGAUAGCUGGCUUCAGGGUGCCCAGGCUGGAGAAAGUUCCGUUUGAAUCAUAACAGUGAGACAGGAACCACAAUGGACAGUGUUCUGACCUCCAAGUUCAGUUCUGGAAUUAAAACUCACCACUGCCCCCCUUUCUUAACAAAGUGUUAGUACCUAGGACUUUGCCUGCCCCCCCUGCAAAGUGCCUGCUCUCUCAUGACUAAGAUGGCUCUUUCGUGCAGAUCAAACGGGAUUGAGAGCAGACUGCCAAAGACCAGGAUGACAGUUAAGGGGCAGCCGGGGUGAGCCGGCAGGUCUGCGGCUGCUGCCUGAUGUGGGGCCAUUACACUGGCGUGGAUUGCUGUUGGACAAGGAAACCUAGUUCCCUGUUUGAGGAAUGCUAGGGAAGAUGCCAAAAGGUCACAGCUGGAAAUGUAAUUCCUCUCCCUAGGAAGAGAAAUCUCCAGAAUAACUAGCUUGCUGACGGUGAAAGCAAGUGUUUCACACUUCUGUCUAUUCCAAGUCAGAUUUCUACAAAUAAAAUCAUUAGAAAUUCAUUGGGCCACUUAAACAACAGCCUUGCAAACAUGGCCACAUGAAAAGCUGGAGUGCUGAAAGAGUCCUUGUUGCAUUGUAUAUAGCAAAUCCAAAUUUCCAGUUUCCUUCUAGUAUUUAUCAAAAUAGAUAGCUUCUCAGACCCUCAAAGUUCUAUACCUUUGGGAGAUAUCAAUUUCCUUAAAAUAAAGGGACUGCUUUUUGUGUAAAUACCUUUCAUUUCCCCCAUCUGGAAGUGAUUUCUCGGUGCAUAUUGGAGCAUGAAGUACUACAGUUAAUUAAAGCAUUACUGGAUGUCA